GACCCACCAUGACCAGCAGGGGGCGACAACCGCCCCGCUCGGCUCCUACUGACCAACGAAGAAGAAGAAGAAGAAGAAGCAGAAACAGCCUAACGAGGAGAACCAACGGAAAGAAUGCCUUUCCAUUUCUGCCCCCAGUGUGGGACAAAGUUGCAGGCAGAUUUCAAAUUUUGUCCUCUGUGUGGGGAGAAGCUCCCCUGUCCCGUCGGUGAAUCUGGAUCUGUGAGCCUAAUGCCGUCUUUAAGUCUCUCGCCACCCAAAAGGGACGAAGCAGCACUCAAAUCAAGCCUUGUUUCAAGCUCCAUUUGGAAGCCCACGGAAAGUUCAGUCUGUGCGGCCAACACCUCAACCCUAGUUACAAAUCGCCCCCCAUUGCGAAAGACCCGUAACUCCCUUCGUCUAGACAAAGAAGUUACAUUCAACAUUAAAGAUGCCACUCCACCUGUGGGGCCCUCUACUUGUCCUGUUGGAGAAGACAGGAUCAAAGAUAAUAAUGUCGGAUUGGUUACAACUCCACCAAAGAAGCCCACAGUCUUUAAGCUCAACACCCGGGCUGCGGCAGCUGCAGAGACUUCUCCCGUCCUGAAAUUCGCUCGACCUGUCAGAGGAAAGGGGAAACUCUCCAUCCCAGCUGAGGCGGUAGAAGAGGGACAGAGGCUGACUGCGGCGGACGCCUCUCCUGUGGCCGUCUUGUCCCCCGUAUCUUCAGCAAUGUCCAGGUCGUCUCCAAAAGGAAAAAGCAAAGCCAAGAAGACAAAGCAUGCGCCCGCCGUGGAGCCGCUUCAGGAAGGCGAAGAGGUGACGGACACAACGGGCAAGAAGUGGAAACUGGUGAAACUCCUCAGUCAGAGUGUGACAGAGCUCCUCUACGAAGUUGGGCAUAUAGGCUCUCGAUCCAAUUCCAAGGAAUCCUAUGACAUCCUCAAACUGGGAGCUAAAGACGGAAGAAUCUUCAAUGAGCAGAACUUUCUGCAGAGAGCCGCUAAACCUGCGUCAGUGGACAAAUGGAUCAAACAAAACAAAAUGGACUUCCUGGGAAUUCCUUCCUGUGUUGGCUUUGGUCUUCAUGCAGAGUCCUACAGGUUUCUGAUUUUUCCCAACAUGGGCCAGUCUCUCCAGUCCGCCAUCGAGAAAGAAGCCGAGCUUCCGUCGGAGAAAGCUGUCCUCCAGCUGGCCUGCAGAAUAGUGAGCAGAAACUUGAUGCGUCGUUCAUUCUUGUCCACCCCCCCCCCCCCCCCCGUGUACCUAGUAGGAUACUGUCAUGCCUUCAGGUUCUGUCCGGGUGGACAACAUGUAGAGUACCGUGAAGCCAGCAGGACACCACAUGAAGGCACCACUGAGUUCAUCAGCAUGGACGCACAUAAGGGAGCAGCUCCGUCUCGACGCAGUGACCUGCAGUCUCUGGGUUACUGCAUGCUGCGCUGGCACACAGGGACGCUGCCGUGGACCCACCUCGCUGACCCGGACCAGGUGGCCACUGAGAAACACCGGUACGCUGAGGAUGUUCCUGCACUGUUGAGACACUGCUUUGGGAGGAAGGGAGUUUCCAGUGCGUUUGAAACAUACCUGACUAAAGUGAUGAGUCUGCAGUACUCUGAGGAGCCGGACUACUCUGCACUGAAGGCUGGACUCAUCGCCGCUUUGCUGCAGCUCGGGGGGUCACCGGAGCUGCCGCUUAGUUUUUAGGUGAGGACUCAUCACUGCAACUGAGUACAUGUAACAUGUUACACGAACAUGUUCCAUGUACUCCGGCACGGGUAGAUUCUUGUUUUAUACCACAGGGUCCAGACACUUAACCAGAUCAAAUAAAUCUCACCUUUCUUUCACAGUGAAUACGAUUCAGCACCACACUGUUGGCACCUAAACGUUUUUGGGCAGGGCCACAUUGUCUCUUUUGGUUUUAUAUUUCUUGACUUUUUUUGUAGAAACGUGUGCAUUCUGUGUGAUAAUUUACUAUUUAAAUGUCUACUUUUGUUUUCAGAGAAAUGGAACAAAACAAAGAUAAGAUUUGUCACUUGUUUUUUUUUUAUCAUGCUGUUUUUAUCUGCUGUUGAUGUUUUUAUGCACUGAAUGUUUGAGUGUUUAUGUCUAAGUGACACAUAUGUUCUUUCAUUGGCUUUUGGUCGGGAUAAUCCUUUUUAGCACCUCUGGUAUUGUGUGUGUUCAUUAAGUGUUUUUAACAUUACAAGAGCAACUUGGAUCUCGCAUCAAGUUCUCUAUUUGUUGCACACAUUUGGGUUUUGAUGACAUAUUAAAUGUGUCGUUCCUCUUUUAACGGGUUGCUUGUUUCAACGGUUCCUGAAGACGAGCCGACGCACAGAUGUAGAUUAACACAAAUAAACACUUCCUCAUAUGUAGUUUGCCGGAGUAAAAAUCAGUAUAGUGCCUUUUUCUCAUCUAAGUUCACCAGAAACGUACUUCAUUAAUGUUAAAUACAUCUUUACUUUCUAUAUUGCUAAAUAAAUCGUUCAUAAGAAAAUGUUUUCUGUGCUCCUGUUUGUGGGAUGUUUUCAAUACUGAACCACAGGCCUCCUUCCAACUUACACAUGCGGCUUCAUUCAACACAACAAAAGACAUGUUCAUUUGAAAGAAACCUUUAUAAAGUUGAACAUUUCUCAACAUAAACAUUUUAACAUUUCAAGACAUAUACACUUCUCUAUAUGAAACAGUAAAUAUCUCUUAUUGUGCACACUCUUAAAGUAAUUCAGAAAAUAAACACUUAUCUUUUGCCUGAUCUCUUCUGUCGUGGCAUUUUAAAACCUUACAUCUGUCACUUGAGGCACUUUCUGAAUGACGAGGCGUUUGUAGAACGACGUAAAACAUGUUUCUGAACGACUACGGCGCCCCCGGGUGGCGGCUUUUGAACACUUCUACAGACCUGAUGGCUUCCUCGCAGCGAAGCUUAGCUCACACGCACUCACAAACUGAUCCAUUGAGCUUUUUAUACAGACAUGCUGGCAGUGUGAGGCAGCUACACAUGCAGGUUUAAAUAUAGUUUUACACUGCAGGUUCUCUUCAUGUUGGACCAAAGAGGGUUUGAGGAGAAACUCAAGGUUGAUGUGUUCAUAUUCCGUCCAAACGUUCCCUGUGUUGCUUUGUUGAAUGUAACUUCUGCACUCUGUAAAUUCUGGAUUAUUCAAUGUGUCUGAUACUAAAAAUAAAGAUUGUCAGGGUA